AAGAAACGAGAUGCUAUUUGAAAAACAACUAAAGCAAAAAGUGGGCUAUUGAUGUGGUAAAGUGGUAGAGCACCUGCCUAGCAAGCACAAGGCCCUGAGUUCAAACCCCAGUACCACUAAAUAAAAGUGUCUGGGAGGAAAUCUACCUUCAUAUUUUUGUACAUCCUAAACAUAAUUAUGUCAGUUUUGAUUCAUUAACUAGAAUUUCCCAUUAAAUAUUUGUUUGCAGGUAUAUUUGCUUAUUUGAAUUACCAUGUUCCUCGCACAAGACGAGAAAUCUUGGAGACCCUAAUCAAAGGCCUUCAGAGACUGGAGUACAGAGGCUAUGAUUCUGCUGGUGUGGGAAUUGACGGAGGCAAUGACAAAGAUUGGGAAGCCAAUGCCUGCAAAAUCCAGCUCAUUAAGAAGAAAGGAAAGGUGAAGGCACUGGAUGAAGAAGUUCACAAACAACAGGAUAUGGAUUUGGAUAUAGAAUUUGAUGUACAUCUUGGAAUAGCUCAUACCCGUUGGGCAACACAUGGAGAACCCAAUCCUGUUAAUAGCCAUCCCCAGCGCUCUGAUAAAAAUAAUGAGUUUAUUGUUAUUCAUAAUGGAAUCAUCACCAACUACAAAGACUUGAAAAAGUUUUUGGAAAGCAAAGGCUAUGACUUUGAAUCUGAAACAGAUACAGAAACAAUUGCCAAGCUUGUUAAAUACAUGUAUGACAACUGGGAAAGUCAAGACAUCAGUUUCACUACGUUGGUGGAGAGAGUUAUCCAACAGCUGGAAGGUGCUUUUGCACUUGUAUUUAAAAGUGUUCAUUUUCCUGGGCAAGCAGUUGGCACAAGGCGAGGUAGUCCUCUAUUGAUUGGUGUACGGAGUGAACAUAAGCUUUCUACGGAUCAUAUUCCAAUACUGUAUAGAACAGCUAGGACUCAGCUUGGAUCACAGUUCACACGGUGGGGAUCACAGGGAGAAAGAG